AUGGCGGAGUUUGGAGGAGUGAAUGCCCAUGCCCACGCAGACCUGUUGCGGCAAGCGAUGCUUCAGAACGUCAUCCGAACAACGAAUUCGAUGACGCAGAAAAAGCAGAAGAAGAAGAACGGAGUAGAAGAAGAGACGACGGUGGCAAAGAACAACUAG